AUGUGGGUCUUCUUCUGGGUCCUCUUACUCAUGCAGGCCGCUCCCGGCUCCGGUUCCCGCUGCCCGGAUCCCAUCUCGGCUCCCUCCGAGCUGGUGGCCACGUUGGGCUCCUGCCUCUACAUCUCCUGCCGCUACGAGCUGUGCUCGGCGGGCCCCGGCGCGCAGCUCCUGCAGCUCCGCUGGCUCCAUGGGCCCACCUACAACAAGGCCAUGAAGGACUUCAAGGGGGUCCAAGUGGCCGAUCUCCAGAGGACACCGACGGGCGAAGGGGGCGAUGAUGGGGGCGAUGGGUGGCCUGAGGGGGACAACUGUGGGCUGGUGCUGAGGAGGAUGGAGGCCGCCGGGGCCGGUGUCUACGGGAUCCGGAUGGUGGCAAGCAAGGGGAUGAGGUGGAUGCACUUCGUCAACGUCAGUGUCACAGACCCAUUGACCCACGGCCAGAGGGCCCAAAUUGGGUGCUGGGUGCCCCCGCCCUGCCCCGAGGACCCCCAUUCCCUCCUAUGGGACGGCCCCGUCACCACCUCUAGGGGGGCCCAUGUGGACCCAUGGACCCCCCCGGCCACCGUCACCCCCCACCCGGCCCUUGGGACCCUCUUGAGCUUCGAGGCCUCGUGGGACCAUGAUGGGACCCUCUUGAGAUGCCUCCAUAAGGGGCCCGAUGGGGCGACCAUCAGUGAGGCGUCAUGGCGGCUGCAGGUCCAUUACGCCCCCCGGGACGUGUGGGUCAAGGUGACCCCCUCGGGCCCCAUCCAUGAGGGGCAGGAGGUGACGCUGAGCUGUGGGGCCUCGGCCAACCCCCCGCCCCACACGUUCCGCUGGAGCCGGGGCGGGGCUGAGCCCCUGCCCCAUAGCGCGGCCCAGCUCCGGCUGCGGCCCCGCGGCGGCCAAGAUGGCGGCUCCUACACGUGCCGCGUCAGCAACGAGCUGGGGACCGGCGCGUCCCCCCCGGCCACCAUCGAGGUCUAUUACCCUCCCCGGGCGGCCAUUUUGGACCCUCUCACCCCUCUCCCCGCCCUGAUUGGCUCCAAUGUCACCCUCGGCUGCUCCCUCGGCCCCGCCCACCCGCCGCCCCUCGUCCAAUGGCGGCGCGGGGACGGGUGGGUGGGGCCGGGCUCUGGCCACGCCCUCUCCUUCCGCGCUGACCCCGCCCUCGCCGGCUCCUAUCGCUGCAUUGGCUGGAACGAGGCCGGCACCGUCCAAUCAGAGCCCAUUGACGUCAUCGUCCUGUAUCCCCCCCCCGCCGUCCAGGUCCUCCCACCCCACAUCGGACCCAUAGUGGCCGGGGGGGGCCCGAUCCGCCUCCGGUGCCAGGUUACGGCUGGAGAACCCCCCCGGUUCCAGGUCACGUGGUUGAAGGACGGGCAGGACCUUCGUGUCCCCUCCAUGGACUUGGUCCUUCCCGGGCCGGAACCCUCGGACGCCGCCUCCUACACGUGCCAAGCCCGGAAUUCCAUCGGCACCACCACGAGCACCCCCCUCCCCAUCGACGUCCACUAUGGACCCCAGGGCGUGGAGCUGGUGCCGGAGCCAGGCCCGCGGGUGCAGGAAGGGACCAACGUCACCCUCCGGUGCCGCGGCGCCGCCCGGCCCCCCCCCAGGCUCUAUCAGUGGGUCAGGGACGGGGCGUCCCUGGGCUGGAGCCGCAAAGGAUUGUGGGUGGUGCCCAGUGCCCCCCCCGAGGCCAGCGGCAGGUACCGGUGCCGGGCGACCAAUGAGGUUGGAGAUGGAGAGUCCGAUGACGUCAUGGUCAAGGUCUACUAUUCCCCCACCACCAUCCUGCAGAAGACCUGUGUGGGCCUCGCUGUGGGGCUGAGCCUCCUCCUGCCAUUGGCCAUCAUUGGCUUCCUCUUCUACCGCCGAUGCCACUGGCACACGGCAACCAAUGAGGAACCUGUGGUAGAACCCACCAGGACCUUCUUCCUCUGCAACAAGCGCCCUAUGGUGGCAUCUCCUCGAGGUCCCCGUGGGCUUGGGGACACCACGAGCAUCAUCUACUCAACGCUGAGGGCACACGUGGACGGCGCCACCAAGGUCCAUGAGGGUCCUGACUAUGAGAACGUCCCGUCAGGAGCCAUCCCUAUGGAUGGGGCCGUGGAUGAGGCCAUGGGGGGAGCCAUGGGGGGGGAUAUGGGGGGCACCCUGGUCUACGCCACCUUGGCCUUGCCCAACAGUGGGGCCCAAAGGGGCCGCGCUGGGGCCGAGGAGGACGGUGUGGAGUACACGGAUGUGAGGCACUGAGGGGUGGGAUGUGGGGCGCGGGUACGGGAUGUGGGGGUGUGGGGAUACAUCCAAUAAAACCAUGUCUGUGUUUGUGAA